ACUGACACAUGCAAAAAGAAUUUCUUGGACUGGUUUUUGGUGUGGUGAUAAUGUGGAUGAAUUUAUUUUGAUUUCAUAAUUAUGGGCCAGUAAUCCUGUAAUAAUACAAGGACGAAUUAAACUCCAUUCAUUAUAAGUUUCUGAUUACUUUUGACAGUGAAAUUCAUUUAGAAAAAUUUAAUGUGAUUUUGAGUUAAGUCAUACAAAUGAGACAAGUUGAUCUAUUUUGAUCAUACAUAACGGGAUCAAGUUUACAUUAUUGAAGAAGUUUAAAUAAUUAUGCGUUAAAAUGGCCAAAGCAUCAGUUGUAUUGAGCUUCCAUGAGAUAUUGUUGCAUCGGUCAGAUGUAGAGCUUUUGGAUGGGCCUUAUUGGCUGAACGAUACGAUUAUAUCAUUUUAUUUUGAAUACCUAGAACGGAUUUUGUUCAGUGGUGCCAGUGAGUUACUGUUUGUUUCGCCUGAAGUCACACAAUGUAUUAAAAUGGUGGAGACUAAUGAGAUUAAAACCUUCUUGGAGCCGCUUGAUAUCAAUAGAAAGAGAUUUGUGUUUUUUGCACUGAACGACAAUGACUCUCCGGACACGGCUGGUGGAUCGCACUGGAGUCUCCUCGUUUAUUCCAAACCAGAAAGCUGUUUCUACCACUUGGACUCUUCAUCUGGAAGCAAUCAUAAUGUAGCAUGGGAAUUUGCCAGUCAUUUGAUUACUUACUUUUCAAAAGGAGAGGCUGUCAACUUCGUAGAUAAGGAAUGUCUUCAGCAGAGUAAUGGAUACGACUGUGGAAUUCACGUCAUUUGUAAUACCGAGCGGUUGGCCGAUUGUGCCCACAAACAUGGCCACAUUGGCACAUGCGACAUGCUAGUCAAAAUCAACCCAAGUGCUAAGAGGAAAGAAAUUAUUAACAUUAUUCAUAACUUGUCUAAUUCAGAUUAAUAACUUGGUGUCUUGAAACUAGAUAAUUGGUGUUAAUAUAUUGUUAUGUUGGUGUUUAUGUUGACUAAUAUUUAUAAUAAAGGUUAAAAUCUAAAUUCUCACAACCAAAUUCUUUUGC